GAACCGUUCCUGGUAUAUUAUACUUAACUCAGGGGCAGAUUGUUACAGAUUCGUAAAAAAGUUCCUCUGCCUUUCCAUAGAGGUAAUACAUAGGGAUUUUAAAUGAGUAUAUUUAUAUAAUGUUUGGUUCACAUGUUUUAGGAGGAUCACCCCGUGCCAAUGAAGAGGGCUUACAAGAAGCGUCAACCGUCUCGUAAAAAAGGUUGCUCUGCGAAGCUGAUUAUCAAAGAGGUGGUUUUGUGUACAGGAUUCAAGAUGGAGAGAAACACAGACUACGAGAGAAAAUUAAUAAGCAAAAGCAUUCAUGCCUGUCUCGAUAAACAGCAGGAACUUCAGAAGGAAACAAGGGUUUACAUAAAGUUUCCUGAAGAAGAGAAGCAUCGAUCAGUCCACAAGCUGGGAAAGCUGACAGGGCUUCUCAGACCACUGAGUAAGGACGUUUCUGCAAAGAUCAAUCAGUUGGUGGGUCUCGGCGUUGGUAGAGUGGGUGAGAUGAGGAGACAUUUACGGAUUUUCGUCGAAAACGAAUUGUUUCCCGACCCAAGUAAUAGGCCUUCAACCUGGGAUACAGGGUAUUUCCCAAGUGACGAAUGCAUUGCACAGCACAUCUACUCAGCUAAGAUGAGCAUGAGAUAUUCAAAGGUAGAUCAAGACAACCUUCAGAAGCAGGUGGAAGAAUGGCAAUUUCAAAAUCCAGAAGACAGAUUUUUCAUCCAACUGCCGACAAAGCCACCACAAGAGGGAAGCUUUGUAAUCGAAGACGACGAAGUCCUGCCUUCAUCCUCGUCCCCUGAUGAGUUCUUCUUUUGCCACCAGACAAAAUUUCAGAGGCAUCUUCUCUCUAGAUAUGGCAAUGAAAUGACAUUUUUAGAUGCCACCUACAAAACAUCUCACUACGCACUCCCGCUGUUCUUCGUCGCAGUCAAAACAAACGUGGGGUAUAGUGUAGUUGCACAGUUUGUCGUGCAAUCAGAAACACGUGAAGUCAUCGUGAAAGGUCUGAAGAUGAUCAGCGAAUGGAUGGCAGAAGAUCAACUUAAAUGGGAGCCUUCAGCCUUCAUGACCGAUUUCUCAGAGAGGGAAAUCUAUGCGAUAGAGGAAGUGUUUCCUGCCGCGAAAGUUUUCCUGUGCGAUUUCCACCGGGAACAAGCCUGGGUUCGAUGGAUACGGAAGAAGGACAACGGAGUAGGAUCAGCAGAGGAGAAUGUCUUGUCUCUCCUGCGAAACUGCGCACACGUACUAUCUCGUGAGGAUCUGGACAAAGCAGUUACGAAACUGAAAAGCUCAACUCCCUGGACGGAGAACCCCAAACUACGGCGUUGGUUUGACACAACAUGGCUUCCACACGUAGAGCGCUGGUCCUGGUCAUACCGAACAGACGGUCUUCCAGCCUUCACUAACAACGGACUAGAAAGACAAAACAGAGUAUUCAAGGAGAAGUUCUUGAACGCAAAAGGAGACUUCUCAUUGUCUGGCAUGACAGCAGCUCUUAUCAUCGACUUUAUACCAAGUGCAAUGAGACGGUACAUCAUGGCCAACGUGAAGGCGGACGCGGCCUAUGGACGCUCAUACAACGAUGGCAUUCCGCCAUUCUUGUGGAACAGGCCUCCUGCCUUCGUUCAACAUUGCAUGGCUAGAAUAGAAAAGGCAGAAGUGCUCGAGAGAAAGGAUAUUCAGCUAGUUGAAGAUGACAUUUUUCAUGUCAAAAGUGAAACCUGUGGAGGUCACAGACCAUACAGGGUGUCACUUUCUUCCGGCGGAAUGGCGCACUGUGAGUGUCGGGACUGGCAAAGGGCGAAUCUCCCAUGCAAACAUAUGUUUGCCAUAAUCACUCAUGUUGAUGGGUAUGCAUGGGAGAGUUUGCCCGAUAAAUAUCGCCAGUCACCCUAUUUCACAUUGGAUGAUGAUGUAGACAGCUUUGUCUACAAAACCGAUGCCAAUGAACCUUUACUUGAUAUCGAGGAAGUAGGUGAUGAAGGGGACACUCCUAAUUACAUUCCUCUGCCAACGAGGAAAUCGAAGCUGCAAGCAGCUGCAGUCAUGUGCAGGGAAAAGCUGCAACUGCUGAGCAGCUUUACCUUCCUCUGUAAGGACGAGGAAGUCCUUGAAGAGCUUAAACAGAAGACCGAAGAUGCUCUCACGUUCAUGCGAAUUAACGUUCCCGUGGACGAGGGACUGCCUCUCCUUAACUCCAAACAGGGCCAAUCAAACGUGCGUCAAUCUAUACGGGGAUCUAUACACAAGAAAAUUCCCAAGAGGAGAAAACGACCCGGGAGACGACAAAAGAAAAAUAACGACAGUCCUCUUGUCAGUGGAGUGCCUCGCUUGAAGCCGGAUGUGCACAGAAAGAGGGAUACCGGAGAAUCGCCCAUCCACGCUGGUGCUGAUUCAAAGAAGGCUAGUAACGAAGCUGACAAACAAGUAGCACCUACCACCAACGAGCCUGAUCUGGAGCAAAAUGUGCAGCACGGAAAGAGAGAUAAUGAGAAACCACCCACCCUCGCUGAGCCUGAUCUGGAGCAAAAUGUGCAGCACGGAAAGAGAGAUAAUGAGAAACCACCCACCCUCGCUGAGCCUGAUCUGGAGCAAAAUGUGCAGCACGGAAAGAGAGAUAAUGAGAAACCACCCACCCUCGCUGAGCCUGAUCUGGAGCAAAAUGUGCAGCACGGAAAGAGAGAUAAUGAGAAAGCACCCACCCUCGCUGAGCCUGAUCUGGAGCAAAAUGUGCAGCACGGAAAGAGAGAUAAUGAGAAACCACCCACCCUCGCUGAGCCUGAACUGGAGCAAAAUGUGCAGCACGGAAAGAGAGAUAAUGAGAAACCACCCACCCUCGCUGUUGCGUCGAGUCACGAACACCUCAAAGUCGCUUCUGAUGACUCUCUCGGAUUACAUGCCCAAACCUCAAUACUGAAGACGCAUAAAUUCUGUAAGUAA